AGAAAAAAGAAAAAAUAUAGAAAGAAAAAAAGAUAGAUAAGCAAAGGAGAGAGAGUUGAAUCUGGAGUCAUCAUCAUUAUAAAACAAAACCAAACCCUCCGUUUGAUGGCCGUAAGGCCUCUCCUUGAAAACAUCCAUAUCAUCUCUCCCAUUCGCCGUUCUAAUCUCUCUUAUUCUUCUUUUCCGUUAUCUCGUCUCCGUCAAAUCGCCCGCUUUUCGUCUCUCCCCGAAAAUAUCGUGAAGCCUCAAUCGGUUUCGCCGCCGCCGCAGCCGUCGCUGAACCAUCGUGUACGACCGUCGAUUUCGCAGACCGAAACGCUGGCGCAGAAGAUCGGGAAAUCUAUUCGCCGCCCUGGCGCGCCGUCCAAGGCUAGGGUUUACUCCGACAUCAAUGUCAUUCGGCCUAAGGAGUAUUGGGAUUACGAGGCUGUUACUGUUCAAUGGGGGGAGCAAGACGAUUAUGAGGUUGUAAGGAAAGUUGGGAGGGGAAAGUAUAGCGAGGUUUUUGAGGGAUUUCAUUGCAGUAACAAUGAGAAGUGCAUCAUUAAGAUUCUCAAGCCUGUUAAGAAGAAGAAGAUCAAAAGGGAGAUUAAAAUACUGCAGAACCUCUGUGGUGGGCCAAACAUUGUGAAAUUGCUGGAUAUUGUUAGAGAUCAGCAAUCGAAGACUCCAAGUUUGAUAUUUGAAUACGUGAAUAAUACCGAUUUUAAAGUGUUGUAUCCAACACUUUCUGACUUUGACAUUCGGUAUUAUAUCUAUGAACUUCUCAAGGCAUUAGAUUACUGCCAUUCUCAAGGCAUUAUGCAUCGAGACGUGAAGCCCCAUAAUGUGAUGAUUGAUCACGAGCAGCGAAAGCUUCGUCUUAUUGAUUGGGGUCUUGCAGAGUUCUAUCAUCCUGGCAAGGAAUAUAAUGUCCGUGUUGCUUCAAGAUAUUUUAAAGGUCCUGAACUUUUGGUUGAUCUGCAGGACUAUGAUUAUUCUUUAGAUUUGUGGAGCCUGGGUUGUAUGUUUGCUGGGAUGAUAUUCCGCAAGGAACCAUUCUUUUAUGGGCAUGACAAUUAUGAUCAACUUGUCAAAAUUGCCAAGGUGUUGGGGACAGAAGAAUUAAAUUCUUAUUUAAACAAGUACCGGUUAGAGUUAGACCCGAAUCUUGCAGCACUUGUUGGAAGGCAUAGCCGGAAACCUUGGACGAAAUUUAUUAAUGCUGAUAAUCAGCAUAUAGCUGUCCCUGAGGCUGUUGAUUUCCUUGACAAGUUGCUGCGUUAUGAUCAUCAGGAAAGGCCAACUGCAAAAGAAGCAAUGGCCCAUCCUUAUUUCUUUCCAGUGAGAAAUGCAGAGAGCAACAGAACCCGUGCAUAGUGGAAUAGAUGCUAGCUCUUUGGAGAAGUGUCUAUCACUUAUUCCUCAUCUUGUAAUAUUAUCAGUCUACAUGCAGUGAUUUGGUUAUGUUCGCAUUUAUUUUUCCAAAAAUCUUGUGGUUUUUAUGUCAGGUUUGUUUUAAAACAGUUGUCUACAUUGCACUGUGUUCUGAAGAUCAAGAAUGAAUUAUUUUCUUGAUUGCAUAGAUUUUUUGGUUUCAUUUGUUGUUUGGAAAUUAACUGGUAUGAGCAACGAACAGAUGUUACAAGGAAAUGUUCCCGUUUUUUGAUAAGUAUGGAAUGAUGCUUAUUAUGUAUUA